UGGAGUGUCCAUAGCUCCGCCCACUGCUGCUGCUCCUCUAGCUCUGAGAGAUAUUACCCAGCAUUCUGCGGGGUGCCGCUGGUCAGGUAGUACGCGGUGCUGUGUGGGGAUAGGUGAGCGGACUCUGCAGGUUGGCAGCCGGUGCGGACACUGCUCUGCCAGCUUUCUGCCAUGAACACCAUCAAGAACGUGCCCUCCCGAGUGCUGAGCCGCCGCUCCAUACACGGCUUGGAGGCUGAGAGAGAGCAGUUUGACAAGAACCAGGCCAUCAGCAUCACCAAGGCUAUCAAUGCACAGGAAGCUCCUGUAAAAGAGAAGCACGCCCGUCGAAUUAUAUUAGGCACUCAUCAUGAAAAAGGAGCUUUCACGUUUUGGUCUUAUGCCAUAAGCCUACCUCUUGCCAGCAGCUCAAUCCUCAGCUGGAAGUUCUGCCAUGUUCUCCAUAAAGUCCUUCGAGAUGGUCAUCAAAACGUUCUUUCAGAUUGUCAACGAUACCGUAGCAAUAUCCGGGAGACUGGAGACUUGUGGGGACAUAUGCACGAUCGAUAUGGACAGCUUGUGACUAUAUACACAAAACUCUUGCUCAAUAAGAUAAGCUUCCACACAAAGCAUCCACAGUUUCCUCCAAACUUGGAAGUAACAGAUGAUGUUCUAGAAAAGGCAGCUGGCACAGAUGUCAAUAUCAUAUUCCAGCUAACAGUGGAAAUGUUUGAUUAUAUGGACUGUGAACUGAAGCUCGCAGAGACUGUUUUUAGGCAGCUUAACAGUGCCAUUGCCGUGUCCCAGAUGUCUGCGGGACAGUGUAAACUUGCACCUCUAAUUCAGGUCAUUCAGGACUGCAGUCAUCUCUAUCACUACACUGUAAAGUUGAUGUUUAAGCUACAUUCCUGUCUGCCUGCUGAUACACUACAAGGUCAUAGAGACAGAUUUCAUGAACAGUUCCACAGCCUUAAAACUUUCUUUAAACGUGCAUCUGACAUGCUCUACUUCAAGCGGCUCAUUCAGAUACCUCGUCUUCCUGAUAAUCCACCCAACUUUUUGAGAGCAUCAGCCUUAGACGAGCAUGUUAAACCUGUGGUGGUGAUGGCAAAUGAGACUCCAGAAGAAGAAGAACAGCCAAUGGAGUCCCUUAUUGAAAUUAACAAUAGCGAGCCAGUGGAGCAGCAGGUUGUAGAGGAUAUCUUCCAACAAACAUUUGGGCCUCCCAAUGGUCUUAUGGUUGAUGACAGGGACCUUCAAAUUGAAAAUCUGAAAAAAGAAAUUGAGAUGCUCCGUUCAGAAUUGGAGAAAAUAAAGUUAGAGGCCCAGAAGUACAUCAUGCAGCUGAAGGGCCAGAUUAACACUUUAGAAGCAGAGGUGGAAGAACAGCGCAAACAGAAGCAGAAAGCCCUGGUGGACAACGAGCAGCUGCGAGAUGAGCUAGAGAGUUUACGUAAAGAAAAGCUGGACAGUGAAAAACAGGAAGGAAUCCUUACAGAAAUGGAAAAAAAAGUUCAGGCGACAGAUUUGCGCUACAAUAAACUGAAAGAAAAGCACAAUGAGCUCAUCAAUGUUCAUGCUGGACUUCUGAGAAAGAAUGCUGACACUGCCAAGCAGCUCACAGUGUCACAGCAGAACCAAGAGGAAGUGGCACGUAUCAAGGAACAGCUGGAGUUUCAGAUGGAUCAAGUGAAGCGCGAGUCAGAAAUAAAGCUGGAAGAACAAACUUUUCAGAUGGAACAGUUAAGAACAGAGGCAGAAUCCAAAAAAGAAGAUUUGGUUCGGUUGCAGCAAACUUUAACCAAUACUGAACAGUCGGCAUCCACAUUAUCUUCAAAGCUGGCAGCACUGGAAGCAGAGAGGGACUCACUGCAAAGCCUUUUGUCUUCUAAAGAAUCAGAGUUGUCAUCAGUUAAAAAUGUGGCUCAAGAGACAGAGUCUUUAUUUAACCAAGAGCAAGAAAAGAGAGCUAGUGAGCUGCGGGACUUGAAUGAAAAACUUGACAAAAAGACUGCAGAUGAGCAGAAAAUGUAUCAGAAGAUGUUGGAUGACCAGUUUAACAUAAUUCAGGGAACAGUGAGGGAAGCAGAAAAUAUCAUCCAGGAUGCUGUUGAUAAAAUUGAUGAUCCUCUACAUAUUCGCUGCACCAGUUCACCAGAUUACCUUGUAAACAGAGCAAAAGAUGCUAUAGACUCCUUAACAUCCCUAGCAAAUGGACAUUCUAAAUACACACAGAACAUGACAGAUGCCUCUGAUUUAGUUGGAGCACUGGCACAGUUUGCACAUUUAGCAGCCGAUACAAUUAUAAAUGGCAGUGCCACAUCUCAUUUGGCGCCACCUGACCAUGGAGAGCGUCUUGUCGACAGCUGCAGAGAUUGUGGAAGCCAGAGUUUACAGUAUCUGAAUGAGCUGAAGGAUAAGCAGUCUUUGGAAGGUGCUGAUCUGACAAAUGUUAGAAGAUCACUACAGAAUAUCCUUGGGCUCGGAGAGGAGUUGAGGCCGAAGAGCAUGGAUUUUAAGCAGGGAGAACUGGGUGACAUGGUUGAUAAAGAGAUGGCCGCUACAUCUGCAGCCAUAGAAGAUGCAGUUCGAAGGAUUGAGGAAAUGAUGAACCAGGCUCGGAAAGACUGCUCCGGAGUUAAACUCGAAGUAAAUCAAAGGAUUCUGAAUUCAUGCACUGACCUUAUGAAGGCCAUUAAACUUCUGGUCAUUACCUCUACAGACUUACAGAAGGAAAUUGUUGAGAGUGGAAGAGGAGCAGCUACCACACAAGAAUUCUACGCCAAGAACUCCCGCUGGACGGAAGGCCUGAUCUCCGCAUCAAAGGCUGUGGGAUGGGGAGCCACCCAACUUGUGGAGUCUGCAGAUAAAGUUGUACUCCAUAAAGGGAAAUAUGAGGAGUUGAUUGUGGGAUCCCAUGAAAUCGCUGCCAGUACGGCACAACUGGUCGCUGCAUCGAAGGUAAAAGCAGAUCAAAAUAGCAAGAAUCUGGGAAAGCUGCAGCAGUGCUCCCGCAAUGUGAACAUGAUGGCAGCAAAUGUGGUGGCCUCCACAAGAUCAGGUCAAGAACAGAUAGAAGAAAAAGAUACCAUGGACUUUUCUGGAAUGUCUCUCAUUAAACUAAAGAAGGAAGAAAUGGAAAGCCAGGUUAAGGUCCUUGAACUGGAGAACUUACUGCAGAAUGAAAGAUUGCGUCUUGGAGAGCUUAGGAAGAAGCAUUACGCACUGGCAGGGGUGUAUGACGAAACAGAAGAAACUGUAAAACCAGUACAAGCUCAGAAGCCUGGAAUUCUGAAGAAGCCACAAUUGCCACAGAAACCAAAUAUUCCACCUAAGACAGAUAACAAGAUUAAUAAAGAUGAUGGCAUCUAUCAAGCUCAGUUCAUCAACUUCUAGCAUUUGGUUCCAGGUCGGGAUGGCUGUCCACCAUGACAUGUCUGUACAGCUACUACACGUUCUGGGUGUGCAGGAAUACUGUAACGCUGGCACUUUUGCACCAUUACAUCUGUGUUCUAUACAGAUAGUUGCUCUUCUGAUACCUUUUUGGGUGGUCAGUUUUAGCCUUUCCCACUGAACUGCUUAUUUAUCCUAGUGUAAAAUCUACAUAUGGCGACUUUUUAUUUAGGUUUAUUUUAUUGUAAUUUUAUUUGCCUUUAUAAGAGGUGCAGAAGGCUAGUACACAAUUCUUCAUUCUCACUGUUAUAUACACAUCUGAAGACCUCUGCUUCUAUAUAUAACACCAAAAAGUGCAUGGCUAUGGGGGGCCCCUGCAGGCCAGGAAAAAAGUAUGUGUUAUGUCAUUACAUCAGUAGAAGUUACUAUUUAGGAUAGGGUCACACAUACAGCAUUCACAGCACAUUUUACUUCACUGGGAAGGAAAAUCGUCAGCAGAAAUGAUGCAGCAAAAUAUGCUGCAAAUCCUGUAUGCAUGACCCUACCCUUAAGGAUUUCUCCAUGUAGAAUUUACAAUCUCUUGAUAUGCUGAGGCUGUGCAUGCAUCAUAGACAUUCUCUAUUACAUUAACUGACUGCGCACCACCACCCACUUAAAGGGUUAUCCAGAAUAAGAAAAACGUACUGAUUUUUGAAGAAAUCAGCUCUAACGCCUGUCCUCAGUUUGUGUGUGAUAUUGCAACUUGGCUCCAUUCACUUCAAUAGAACAAAGUUGUAACACCACACACUACCUGAGAACAGGUGUGGCUCUGUUAUUGGAAGAAAUUAGCUUUGUUUUUCUAUUAAGCCUUUAAGGGUUAUUCCAGUGGGGGGAAAAGUUAAACAGAUUUGUAAAUAACUUCUAUUAAAAAAUCUUAAUCCUUCCAGCACUUAUCAGCUGCUGCAUGCUCCAGAGGAA